AUGGACUUGGGAUUCUCCAGGGUGUGGCUAGCUCUUGCAGCAAGCUUCACUUUCCCAGAAGGCCUUGAGUGGGACUUUCUGAGACUGAAGGAGAAACCCCGCUUUUUUUCCACCAGCCCUGCAAGUUUCCUCAUGGCCGCUUGCAAGGAGCAGGCUGCAGGUUUCCUGCCUAUGCUGAGGUCGGAUGUGGCCAAGAAAAAGAGCCCAUGUUCCAGAAAACUCACACAAAGAUCCCUCUGUGCGGAGACAGGACGGCCUCGGACUCUCAGAGCGCAGCCCUUGGCAGGGCUUGGCACCUGCACGCUGGUCUCUCAGUUGUCCUUCAAGCUUCUCCCUGAACUAGCUGAGGAGGCAGAAAGGCUGUGGAAAGCUGUGUUUCCCUUCUUGGUUCUGCACGUUGUCAGUGGGCACUAG